AUGCCUCUUUUUCCCAUGGGUACGGGUGUCGCUCCUGAGGCAGACUCUUCCCAGAUGGAGUCCGACCCCGUGAAGAGAUCCCAGUCACCAUCUGCGGCGACGAAAAUCAAAAACCGGCGCAAGCGCUAUCUGGACAUGCACCCGGAGUAUUUCUCUGCUGAUCUCGAGCUAGCCGACCCGUUGCUGUAUGAUCGCUUAAUCCGUCGAUUCCAAACUCCAGCCGAAAGAGAAGCUGAAGGACGUGCCAAAGGCUUCUCAGGGGUGCUGCAAGCGGACCUAUGUAGAUCCGAGGCCAAGUUCGAGGCUCUUUCCCAUCCUGAUCCUCACGCCAUGUUCAGCUAUACUCGUGGUCCCAACGGAGAGAUCCUCGCGGAAGAUCGAGACGAAAUUCCCCCGAAUAAGGAGGAAGGGGAGAAGGCGUGGCGAUGGGAGAUGACCUUGCGGUUCCUAAGGGGGGAAGACGGCGAUUUCGAUUAUACCUCGGUUGAUGACAAUGACGAGUACGAUGAUUGGAACGUCGAGCAGGAAAAAUACUUUGACGAUGAAGAACCAGAGUGGCUUGUUGAAGGAGUAGAUGAUGGAGAAGUCAAGUCCCAUCUGCAAGGCGAAACCGGUAUCCAGGAUUUCUGA